AUGGAUUCCUCUCCUUCCUCGCUACUUCCAACAAUGGUCUCAAUUCCUCCGCCUCACCAACAGCGAAUUGGCCCGAGGAAGUUUUCGUACAGCAAAUUGGCUCGGGCCACGAGUAACUUUAAGGAGGGAGAAAAGCUUGGAGAGGGAGGAUUCGGUGGGGUUUAUGAAGGCUUCAUACCAGACUUGCAGUCAUAUGUUGCGGUUAAAAGGAUAUCGAGGGGUUCUAAACAAGGAUCGAAGGAGUAUGCAUCGGAAGUAAAGAUCAUCAGUCGGCUUAGGCAUCGUAAUCUUGUGCAACUGAUUGGGUGGUGCCAUGAAAGAAAGUUCUUACUUGUGUAUGAGUUCAUGCCCAAUGGGAGCUUAGAUUCUCAUCUAUUCAAAGAACAAAGCUUGUUAACUUGGGAGACAAGAUACAAAAUUGCUCAAGGUUUGGCCUCCGGGUUGUUCUAUCUACAUAAAGAGGGGGAGCAAUGUGUGCUGCACAGGGAUAUUAAAUCGAGCAAUGUUAUGUUAGAUUCGAAUUUCAUCCCAAAACUUGGCGACUUUGGGUUAGCUCGACUUGUGGACCACGGAAAACAAUCACAAACCACUAUCUUGGCUGGAACCAUGGGCUACAUGGCUCCGGAUUAUCUCAACACAGGAAAGGCUUACAAAGAAUCAGAUGUCUACAGCUUCGGAGUUGUUGCCUUGGAAAUAGCAUGCGGAAGAAAACCUAUCGAUCCUAAAUAUGGAAGCAGUCAAAUCAAUAUGGUUGAGUGGGUUUGGGAGCUUUAUGGAGAAGAUAGAGUCAUUGAAGCAGCUGAUCCAAAACUAUGUGGAGAUUUUGUUGAGAAACAAAUGGAGUGCUUGAUGAUUGUUGGAUUGUGGUGUGCUCACCCGGAGAUUCCCUUCCCCAUUCUGCCAUCAAAGAUGCCGGUGGCCACCUAUUUUACCCCUCCAAGAUCACUAUCAAUGUUUUCUACGGAUACUAGUGGUUCUCAAGGAGGUCUCCAAGCAAAGAAACCCCAUUAA